AUGUCACAAGAUGAUUCAACUCCGAGAGGUGAUAAAUCUGUGAUUCAAAAUAAUAAUAAUAAUAAUAAUAAUAAUAAUAAUAAUAAUAAUAAUAAUAAUGUUGAGGGUGAUAAAGAUCCAAUUAAGGGUAAGCAAUUGAGUAGUCUGGAAGGUUUAACCACCAGAGGUACGGUAAGGCCGUCCACUAUUGAGAUUCAAAAUAAUUUAGAAAAGCCUACGUUAUCAAACAAUCCAAAUCUGAAAAAAAAUACGAAAAUUCCUUUUAAUGAUGCAAAAUUAACAGCUUUAUGUGGUGCACUUUCUGGGUUUGUAUCAGGAAUAAUAGUAUGUCCAUUAGAUGUUGCGAAGACAAGACUUCAAGCUCAAGGGUUACAAUCUAGUGAGAAUCUUUAUUACAGAGGAGUAAUUGGUACAAUGUCUACCAUUGUUAGAGAUGAAGGGGCUAGAGGGCUAUAUAAGGGAUUAGUACCGAUUAUUUUAGGCUAUUUCCCAACUUGGACAAUAUAUUUCUCCGUAUAUGAACCAUCCAAAGAAUAUUAUUCCGUUUUGUUUCCAUCAUGGGUCUUUCUUACAAAUUCAUGUUCCGCCAUUACAGCAGGUGCUGCAUCAACAAUUUUAACUAAUCCGAUAUGGGUAAUAAAGACAAGGUUAAUGUUACAAACUAAUAUGGGCGAAAAUAUCACUCAUUAUAAAGGUACCUUAGAUGCUUUUAUUAAAAUUACUAAACAAGAAGGUGUUCGAACAUUAUAUUCUGGAUUAGUUCCUUCAUUAUUGGGAUUAUUUCAUGUUGCUAUUCAUUUUCCAGUAUAUGAAAAAUUAAAGACAAGAAUGCAAUGUUAUUCAGUGAGUUAUAACGAAGAUGGAUCAUUAAAUCAAACAAUAAACAUUAAGAGAUUAAUAAUGGCUUCAUCAUUUUCAAAGAUGAUUGCAUCUUUAAUAACAUAUCCACAUGAAAUCUUACGAACGAGAAUGCAGUUAAAAUCAAAUUUACCUGCAAGUAUCCAACAUAAAUUGAUCCCAAUGAUAAAAACUACUUAUAAAAAUGAGGGAUUUCGAGCGUUUUAUUCUGGGUUUACAGCAAACUUACUUAGAACAGUUCCUGCAUCGGCUGUAACAUUAGUCUCUUUCGAAUAUUUUAGACAUUAUUUUACUCAUUCUUAA